AUGAGUACUGACACCACCGAAUACGUGCCGCAGCCCGGCCAAUGGCCUGUCGACCCGCAGGAUGACGUGCCCAUUGCGGAGGACCGCAUUUGGAUAGAUGGCUGCUUCGACUUUGCCCACCACGGACAUGCUGGCGCCAUCUUGCAGGCCCGCCAGCUGGGCUCCGAGCUGCUCGUCGGCGUCCACUCGGACGAAGCGAUCCUCGAGAACAAGGGGCCCACGGUCAUGACUCUCAAAGAACGCAUUGCUGCCGUAGAUGCCUGCCGCUGGGCUACCAAGUCAAUCCCCCACGCCCCGUAUGUGACUUCGCUGCCCUGGAUCUCUCAUUACGGCUGCAAGUAUGUCGUGCACGGCGACGACAUCACGUCAGACGCCUCGGGUGAGGAUUGCUACCGUUUCGUGAAGGCUGCCGGUCGCUUCAAGAUCGUGAAGCGCACCCCAGGUAUUUCAACGACUGAUCUGGUUGGCCGCAUGCUUCUGUGCACUAAGGGGCAUUUCAUCAAGAGCCUGGAAAAGGUCCUGGCGGGUGAAGAAGGUAGCGGGAGUGAAGAGGAGAGGAAGAGGACCGGUGAGGAGAUGAAGGAAAGAAUUAAAGUUUACGCGUCGGACGAGACCGGUUUGGCGCCCGGUAGUGACGUUUGGGUGUGGCAUGGCGAGCAGGACAAAGCUGCAGAACCAAGCGCAGCGAGCGGAACCGGGAAGUGCACCAAGAUGGUUCCUGGAACCGCACCUCGCAAGGGCCAGCGCGUGGUAUAUGUCGACGGCGGGUUCGACCUGUUCUCUUCCGGUCAUAUCGAGUUUUUGCGGCAGGUGGCCGGUCUCGAAGAAGAGGAAGGCAAGAAGCGCGAUUGGUACUCCCCUGAGGCCGUCCAGCAGCGCAUUGCCGAAACCGGUUCAGACUACAGCCCUUACUAUGUGGUUGCUGGUGUCCACGAUGACGAGGUCAUCAACCACUGGAAGGGAAUCAAUUACCCGAUCAUGAACAUAUUCGAGCGUGGCUUGUGCGUUCUGCAAUGCAAGUACAUCAAUGCCGUGGUCUUUUCUGCUCCAUUUACGCCCACUCCGGCCUUCCUCAACUCGCUCCCGUACGGAACGCCCGAUGUCGUUUACCAUGGCCCUACCUCAUUCAUGCCGUCUGUCGAAGACCCCUAUAAGGACGCCAAGCAGCUCGGCAUCUUCCAAGAAGUCCCUGCGCAUGACUUCCAGCACGUCAACGCUGGUGAGAUUGUCGACCGCAUCAUGGCCAGCAGAGCCAUGUACGAAGAGCGUCAACGGAAGAAGGGCAUUAAAGGAGCUGGUGAGGAUGCAAUCAGGCGCAGAGAGGAAAUGGAGAAAGAGGCGAAGGCGAAGGAAGCUGAACGCGAAGCCGCACGAGAAAGACAGUCGUAG